GUUCAUCAACAGUGCGAUUAUUUUCUUUGCAAGAUUUCGGUUAUUUAUCGAGUAAAAAUGGGCAAGUCCAUGCAUAAAUCGAGGAAGAGGAGGAGGUCAUCGUCAUCCAAGCAUCGUGAUCGCAUUGAGGGUCUGGAAAACAAGAUAUCGCAGUUGAUCGAGGUAUUAUCGAGGAGAGAGGUUGGAUGUCCACAUGUCGAGUCUUUAUCGCCGACCGUGUCCUCGGCUCUCGCAUGUCACACUGACCAAGAGUCGGAUGCGGAGAGACCUUCUGACGACAUCAUUAGGGAGGACAGUCCCGGUCGAGCGAAAUCUGCCUCUCAGGUGGCAGAAAUGGCAAAUCCUGCUAGACAGGUUAGGCCAGAGGAUCCGCACGUUACAGCGGCGGUAAGUAACCUGCCAGACGAUGGCUUGCCCACGUCCCCCCCGAGCAAGACGAUAGUUUUGUCGGAGCCCGCUGCAGCAGAGGAUUCGGCGGAUACCUUAACUAGAGAGCUCUUCGGUGCCAUAGGACAAAUAGCAGAGACACAAUCUUGGAACGACCUUGUUGUCCAGCAGUUGCGUGAGUUAAUGCGGAAAGGCCUUCCCGCGGACCAGCGAGAAGCUCUGUUAAAGAAGUACUCUCCACCGGAGGAGGGAGAAUUAGAUUUCCUCAAGGCUCCUAAACUAAACAUAGAGUGCAAAUCGGCUCUGAAAAAUAAUGCUGUAGUCAAGAGAGAUGAGUAUGGCAGUGUUAAUCACCAUCAGGUUGGCUCCGCCCUCCUUGCUUUCGGAGAGGCAUUGUCGGAUCUUCUCAAACCGGAGACGCAAAGCUCCCUCAACGCCGAGGCUCGUGCUGCAAUCGACGGGCUCUUGUCAAGCCGACAUUUAAUAUUAUGGCCAAGAACACAGCCGAUGCCAUUCCGGUAGAUAAUUUAUUGUUUGGCGCUUCGUUCGGUGAAGAAAUUAAGAAGGCAGCCUCAA